AUGAAAAUCCUGCAUUUUCUCACUUUACUGCUUUGGCAUUUGACUUGGCUGUCUCUGGAUCUAGUUCCUGGAGCGCUGAGUAAUUCUGAAGCAGGCCAGAGUAAUCCAGGAUCUAAACUAAGUUUUUUAAAAGCAGAAGGAAAAGAGAGGAAUCCCUCGGCACGGGCAGGCAUAGUGAGGACUGCAAGCCAUGGAUAUAGUACUGGGACCUCAAAGACUCGGACCAAAAGCAGUGCUGUUCAGGCUGGAGCUGUGCUGGCCAAGAACAAUGAAUCAAAGAAGGUUGUCUCGAGAACAGCAGCCACAGAAGGCAAGAUAGGACAACUCCCCAGCAGACCAUCUGGAGUAAGGACAGUGACUCCAAAGGUUCAAAAUCUUGGCAGCAAGGUGGCUUUGAAAAAAACUGGCACAAGCAGUACUGACACUACUGAUUCUUUCAAAACCAAAAAGACUAAAGAGCCUGUAACCCAGAGAGAAACUAAGGAAACUUUCAGACAUCCCCCUAUAACACCACAUGAAUACAUGCUGUCUUUGUACAGGACUCUCUCAGAUGCAGAAAGAAAAGGUGUUAAUGGAAGUGUAAAACUGGAGGCUGGACUUGCCAAUACAAUAACCAGCUUUAUAGACAAAGGACAAGACGAGCGAGUGCCAACUAUAAGAAAACAAAAAUAUAUUUUUGACAUCAGUGCAUUAGAAAAAGACGGCUUGCUGGGAGCAGAGCUUCGAAUACUGAGGAAAAAGCCUUCUGAUACGUGGAAGUCUCAUUCUUCUGGAAAAACUUCCCAAGUGAAAUUAUUUAGUUGCUCUACAAACAGACAAGCAGCAACACUCCUGGACUCUCGUACUGUCAGUAUCACAGAUACACCAAAGUGGGAAGUGUUUGACAUCUGGAAACUUUUCAGGAACUUUAAAAACUUGGUUAACUUGUGUUUUGAACUGGAAACCUUUGACAGGGGAAGAGCUGUUGAUCUCAGGAGUGUGGGAUUUAAUAGAACAGGAAGACAGGUCAAUGAAAAAGCUCUCUUUUUGGUAUUUGGGAGGACAAAAAAAAGAGACCUAUUCUUCAAUGAAAUCAAAGCUAGAUCUGGCCAAGAUGACAAGACUGUUUAUGAGUACUUAUUCAAUCAGAGGCGGAAGAGAAGAGCUCCUCUCGCAACACGGCAAGGUAAGAGGCCCACUAAGAAUCUGAAGGCAAGGUGUAGCAAAAAAGCCCUCCACGUGAAUUUUAAGGAUAUGGGCUGGGAUGACUGGAUAAUAGCCCCUCUAGAGUAUGAAGCGUAUCACUGUGAAGGUCUUUGUGAAUUCCCCCUUCGAUCCCAUCUGGAGCCCACCAAUCAUGCAGUUAUCCAAACUUUAAUGAACUCAAUGGACCCAGAAUCGACACCCCCGACAUGCUGUGUCCCAACCAGGCUAAGUCCUAUUAGCAUUCUUUUCAUUGACUCUGCAAACAACGUGGUCUACAAGCAGUAUGAGGACAUGGUAGUGGAGUCAUGUGGUUGUAGGUAGCAGAACAGUCGCUCACGUGAAU